AUGGAGGAGAAGUACCUGCCGGAGCUGAUGGCGGAGAAGGACUCCCUGGACCCCUCCUUCACGCACGCUCUGCGGCUGGUGAACCAAGAAAUAGAAAAGUUUCAAAAAGGAGAAGGAAAGGAUGAAGAAAAGUACAUUGAUGUGGUGAUUAAUAAGAACAUGAAGCUGGGACAGAAAGUGUUAAUUCCCGUAAAACAGUUCCCUAAGUUCAACUUCGUGGGGAAGCUUUUGGGUCCACGUGGCAAUUCUCUGAAGCGUUUACAAGAAGAAACCUUGACAAAAAUGUCCAUCCUUGGGAAAGGUUCCAUGAGGGACAAGGCAAAGGAAGAAGAGUUGAGGAAAAGUGGAGAAGCCAAGUACUUCCACCUGAACGAUGACCUCCACGUUCUCAUCGAAGUUUUCGCCCCGCCAGCAGAAGCGUAUGCCCGGAUGGGACAUGCUUUGGAAGAAAUCAAAAAGUUUCUCAUCCCUGACUACAACGAUGAAAUCCGGCAAGCGCAGCUCCAGGAACUGACGUAUUUGAACGGCGGCUCGGAGAACGCGGACGUGCCGGACUACGACGAUGGAUACAGCACUGCUUAUGAUGAACAGAGUUAUGAUUCCUACGAUAACAGCUACGGCGCCCCAGCCCAGAGCGUUCGAACGUCUACCACUUUGCGAUGCUUUCGACUCCCUGGGGAACUAGCUUUCAUCCGAAACGGGAGUAUUGCCUUGUCGGACGUGGACUACCUUAACCAAACCUAA